CAUCCUUGGCACCGAACGACGACAUUUAACGACUGUUCAAACGACAACGAUAGCCAUCAGACUCCCCGUCUAUACCAAAUCCUUUAGCAUUCCGCCGCUUCAUCCGACAUCUUGCGCUAUUGCGUCAUCUUCUCAUCCAAUUUUUUGUCCACCGGAACCAGUUGUGGGCGUGCCGGUCGCCGCACAGUUAUCCGCGCUUUCUCCCCACAUGUCUCCCGCAUCGGCUCGUCUAUCACUAUCUGGGGGCUAUAUUAUUCUUAUCCGUCCUGUUUGAUAACGUCUUAACCGUCGCAUUCGGACGCUAGCAGCAGGGGCGUCCCUGACUGCAUGGAAUCGUCCUUCAGCAUGGCGACUGCUGUGUCCACGAAACCCCCCGCGCCCAAAAUCAAACGUGCUGCUCCGUCAUACAUCCAGACCGGCAUCAAUGGCGCGAAGCCGUCACAACCAUCUCCGUCUCCACUGGGCUUGGCUUCAAGUCGCGUUGCAGGCGCCAAACAGCCAGGCACGGCAACUCCAACAAGUGCUACCGCCGUAAAUGGCGCAAAUAAUCGUCAGCCAACGCGCCCGAGGAAAGAGGUACUGAAACCCAGCGACUCUGCGUCUCGUUUACAGCGCCUUUCGAUAAAGCCCCCCAGCGCAGAUGGAGCUGCUAUAGACCGGAGACAACUGAAGAAGUUUCCGGAGCCAUAUGUUAAAACUACCUCCUACAUCCUUAAAAAGUACUCAAAAGUUCCGCCGUCUUUAACUAUACAUCUACAUCCCACACACUUCCGUUUCGACCAACAGGAUGGCAGCUUUCCCUAUAACUCCGAAAUGAAGGUCAUAAUCGAACACAUCAAGGCUGGCACCGUUCCCCACGACAUGAUUGAGGAGUUGGUGAGGGGCGGUGUUCGGUUCUACGAGAACUGCCUUAUCGUCCGUGUCGUGGAUCAUAAAUCUAUCACCACCCAACCUAGCCCCUCAUCCAAUGCCGCUUCCGGGGAAAAGAGCUCACCUUUUUCUUUGCACAAUUACAAUCAGCACAUCACCCCUUCACCAUUCGUUCCAUAUCCGCGACAGAACCAGUCGAAGAUAAAACCUACCAUUAAUGGAUCUUCUACAGAUAGCAGCCAGAAAGCAGAUGAACAGCCAGCUUCGGAAACAAAUAAGGAGAACGGAGCACCCAACGGGAUUACGGCAGGAUCUAGCAGUUCAAAGCAAUCAGCUCUGAAACCUAAAGUUUUCACCACUGUACUUCAUCCCACUCCUCAGUCACUGCUGGCAGAGUUGACGCUAUUGUCCAUGACUCCGGAUCCACGAGCUGUAAAUCGCCGUCAGCCUCAAGCAUAUUCCGCGUCGCGAACUGGAUCUGCCGCCCAACCUCCUACUCCCUUGUCUGCGUUGCCAUCUUCUCCGGUAACUGACCGUGCGCCUCCAGCAAAGCGACAAAAGAUGAUGGUAGAACCAUCAGAACUUCUAGAAGCCGAGGCAAAACUUAUACAUGCCACAGCUCCACCGCUCUACCUGGAGCCGGUUGAUGGAUUAGCAGCUAGUGCGAAUCUUCUUAAGUUCUUGGAAGAUCCUCGACAUUGCAACAAACCGCCUUCGCCAAAGACUAGAAGACGGACUGUCGCAGAGUUAGCUGCGGAUGAAGCAUUGGCCGCUGAGGAGGAACGAUUCAUGCUUAUCAUGGAUGAGAGGCUAGGACCUUCUACGUCUGGCAACGGCGGGGCCGCAAAAGCUCCUAAUGUUGAUGAUGAAAGUGGUGCUGCUCCAUUCGAACCUAGGUUUUCGAGAUUUAAAACGCUCGAGAAAAUUCGCCUUGAACACGAAGAGAAAGCUAAAAUUGAACACGAAAAGAAGCUUCAACAGGACCACGCUAAAAGAUUACAGCAGGAAGCUGAGAGAGAAAAGCGACGCGCAACUGAACAGCGAUUGGCAGAAGAACAAAGCAGAGAAGACAGUAGAAGACAAGCAGCGGCAGCACAGCAUGUUCAGGUACAAGCACAGGCGCAACUCGUGGCAGCACAGAAUCGACGGCCCCAAUCCCGGGGGAACCCGCCUAUGGGAAUUCCUCAUCAGCCGCAGCCUCAACAAAUGGUUCCAGCUUCUCAGGGUCAACAGUCGUCUCCACUUGUGCGGAAUAUAACCCCUCAUAGCUCGUCACCUAUGACAGGAAAUUUAAUGGGACCCCAGAUGAAUCAAGGAAUACCAAUGGCUAUGACCAGCUCGGCACAAGGGGCAGGAAGUCCACUUCAAGUUACAUCAGGCGUUCAGCAUAGCCAUCCAGCUAUUAUGGGACAUCCAAUGGUUACUACGCGAAGCCAACAGGGUCCAAGUAGGCAUGGUACUCCCCAGAUGGCACACGGGACACCGGCUAUGUCUCAUGCCACACCGAUAAUGCGCAAUGCAACUCCCACGCAGAGAAUGACCCAUGCAAGCCCCAACGCAUCUACCAUGGUUCAGACGCCCGUCAUGAACCAUGCAAUAAUGGCCAAUCCUCAGAUGAAUGGUGUAAUGAUGACCCCCCAACAACAACAGCAGGCUAUACUACAACAGCGGCAACAUCUUAUGAUGCAGCGGAAUUUGCAGGCCCAGGCCGGUGGUCAACAGUUUACACCACAGCAGAUGGCACAGCUUCAGCUUCAGGCCAAUAUGCAUGCCCAACAUAAUAUUCAAAAUGCUCAACAACACCCCAAUAUAUUCAUGCAGCAGCAAGCGCAGGCACAGGCACAGGCGCAGCAGCAGCAACAACAACAACAGGAGCAGCAAGCCCAACAACAGCAGGCGCAACAAAAUCAGUUCCCAAAUGCGGCAGCUUAUCAAGCCCAUGCCAUGCGAUCUCAGUUGGCACAAAUGCAAAUGUCACAGUCUCAAGCUCCUCACGGUCAACAGCAAGGAAGCUCACAGCAGCUCCCGCAACAGCAGGUCAUGCUCCAGGCCAAUGGUGUUGCUGCGCAAGGCCAAGGAGCGCUUCCUCCCCGUUACCGGCUACUCUACGCGCAGCGCAUGUUGCCGCAAGCUCAAACCGAGGUACGAACAAAAUUCAUGCAGCAGUUCGGUCAUCCGUCGGGCUGGCACGAUGCCAUUCGCCAGCAGUAUCAAGAGCAAGUGGAGAAAACCUCCAAACAGUAUCUGCUUGAUUUUAUGAAGCGAGAAGGUCAACAACGAGCUCAACAAGCACAGGCUCAGGCCCAGGCCCAGGCACAAGCACAAGCACAGGCUAUCCAGCAUCAACAACAACAGCAACAGCAGCAGCAACAACAACAAGCCAUGAUGGGUAAUGGUAUAGGCAAAUAGAUUGUCAUUAUCCUUCGCGGUUUGGGUUUGCUUGCCUGCUACGUUACUUUGUGCUGAGCGCAUUCUGACAGCGCAUUUUCUUCGUGGUAACUACGUGGUAACUAGCCUAAUCUAUUCUUACCCAUCUGCUCCCCUCUUCUAAACAUUCAACCCUCUAUCCACCUUUUUUAUGACCCCCAUCUUUCUAACAUAACCCUUCACCAACUUCCCAACUUGUGCUAUUAACAUUCUAUACCAUAUUCCACAUCCUUCACUCCCUUCUUCGUUAUUUGCAUAUUGUACUUUUGUCAACCAUCAGAUGACCUAUUACGAACAACUGUGGGUGGCUCACCUUGCAACCUUGCACUACCUAGUUCACCUAUCAAGUGAAGCAAAAGAUUCAUCUAUCUUUAUCAGGCGUUGUCGUUUUCUUCUUCUUUUCUUUUACUUACUCCCUCUUUUCAAGUUACAAAUGGCCUGGUGGAGUUUUUUGUUCUUCUUUCUUUUUGUUUUGAAACAAGGCUGGGUUCAUCGGGGAUUUCCAAUUUAUUUUACUGGUAGGUAGGACAGGCUACGGCAGGCGGGUAGGGCGAAGCGAAUUGAUUUUGAUUUUGUCUGAAUGGAUUCAUUGAACUAUAUACUAUUCUGCAUUCCUUUUGUUCCCUCCUUCUUUUCUUUUGCAUGGGUCCCAACUUCUUUCUUUCCUUGAAACUGGUUCAAAUCUAAUACUAACCCAAUUCCUCUGCCUGUUUUUUCUGGGCUUGCCUUUUUUUUUUUUUUCUUACUUU